AUGUUUGGUGUGUUUCGUUUAGCACAAAGUGAGAUGAGUUCACAAGCUGAUGAGGCAGCAAAACCCCGAUUCGUACGACAGCUUCGUAAUAUCACAGUUGCUGAAGGUGAACGGGCCGUCAUGGACUGUGUUGUCGUCGGCAAUCCCGAACCUAAAGUUGUUUGGUACAAGGAAGAGGAAACAGUGAAAGAGUCUGAGAGGAUUGAAUUACUUUUUGCUGGUAAUCAUUGUUCGUUGACCAUACGUGGAACUACAGCUUCGGAUGCCGGUGUUUAUACGGCAAAAGCUUCAAACAGUAUUGGCGAAGCCACAAAUUUUUGUCGUUUAACUGUUCACCCAAAAGUGCAGCAAAUUCCACCACCAACACCGCCAAAACCAAUACUGAUGAGGCCUCCAUCAUUUUCGCCAAGUCUUGACAAUCAAAUCUUAUUACAAGGACAACAAGCAACUUUUCAGGUAAAAGUUGACGGUGAACCAAAACCAAGAGUACGAUGGACGUACAACGAGAAACCGUUGUUCCCAACUAGCGAAGUAAAGGUCGUUGAAGAAGCUGAUGGUUGGCAUAUGGUUCGCAUCGAUAAAGUCCAACCGAUGCAUUCUGGCAUGUAUACGAAUGAAGCAGGUGAAGCAAGAUCCGGAGCCUCACUUUUGGUUCAAACAACAACUUUACCAGCUAUACAACGAGAACGCAUUACCGAUACACCAACUAUGAAUGACGGGUUUUGGAGCGAUACUGCAUUGUUAUCAUCACCAACUCCUCCUCCAGUACCAAAACAUCGGUACCGCACCGAAGGGAUCGAAACAAUUGAGACACGAAAGCAAACUGAAUUCGCACAAAGUGUAUUUUUUUUUUUUGCGUUGAAGUCAUUAAGUUUUUCAGAGUUCAGUACAACUGCAACAACCCCGGAAUUCAUUAGACCUUUCCAAAACGAAUAUACUGCAAAUGAGGGAGAAAAUUUUAAAAUGGAAUGCUUAAUGGUCGGUAAUCCAAGGCCUAAAGUUUCUUGGUAUUACAACGACCGACCAUUAAACGUUAACACAACUUUUUGCCGGGUUUCUAACAUUGGUGACUCUUAUUCAAUAAUCUUUGAGCCAGCACGUUUAGAACACGCAGGAUAUUAUAAAAUGGUUGCUGAAAAUAUAAGAGGUAAAACGCAAUCGUUAGCUUUAUUACACGUUCGUCCAGCAUCUUUGCAGCGGUAUACUCCACAGAAACCUCUUACUAAACAGGUAGAUUAUUCCAAUGAAAUUCCAAUGUACUUUCUUUUUGAAAAUUCACUAACUCUGCUACUUAUAACUGAGGAAUUUGGUGAAUACGAAUAUGAAGAGCAGAUACCAACUUAUUCGGAAAAGAAAAAGGUGAUUGAAUCUUAUGAAGAAGAACAGCGAAAUGCACAAAAACACACCACUCGUUUACCAACUCCACCACCAGCCAAAAAGCAACUAAUAACCACUCACGAAAAAGAAGAAAAAGUUCUUGAAGCUUACGACAUUGAGCAAAGCAUGAAGAGUUCAGGUCGUCCGCCACACUUUACGCAAACACUUGUUUCCUCAGUAGCGACUUGUGGAGAUUCAGCAAAGUUUGAAGGGGUUGUUACUGGAAAUCCUAGUCCGGAAGUGCAGUGGACAAAAGAUUCAGUAGUGCUUAGCAGGGCAGUUGAUCCGGAAUUGUCUUUUUCUAACAUUGGUGGGCGAGUAUCGUUAACGAUUCGUUCAUCAAGAUUAGAUCAUGAAGGCAAAUACAUGUGCACAGCCAAAAAUGCAUAUGGAGUAGCAACUUCCAGUGCUCAAUUAGUCGUUCGGCCUAAAACUGUGGCACCAGAUUUUAUAAGCCGUUUAAUCAGCGAAGAAGUUGCUGAAGGUGGUUGCUUGAAAUGGUCAGUUCAAGUCACCGGUGAUCCAACACCAAAGAUCGUUUGGUUACGUGAUGGACAAGAGAUACCAAACUGCGAAGAGGUUCAACUGCUAGACGAGGGGAAUGGCGUUCAUUCAAUGAUAAUAAAAAAGGUGGAAUUAGCAGACUGUGGUCAGUUUACGUGCCUUGCCGAAAAUGUUGCAGGUGAAGCUCGAAGCACUGCCGAUCUUGUAGUCAGACGUAAAGGAGAUGAACCGGGCAAUUAUUUUCAUGUUACAAAGGUGACGCAAGAAAAACAGAUCAAAGGCGAAGAUUACAAACAAACGGUUAACCAGACAUUUGCUAUCGAAAAUCCAAAAGUGAACACCAAUUGA